AUGUACUCUCAAUUAGAUAUAUCAUUUCAAUCUAGAGAAAAUACAUGUGAUGAUAUUGAUUACAAAAAAUUUGAAAAACGACAGCAAGAUCAUAUAUUGAAAUCAACACUUCCCUCUGACAAAGAAUAUAACAAUGUAUUUAAAAAAUAUGAUUGUAACAUCAUAAGAGGAUCAAAAAUUCAACAAACAGAAACAGUGAAAGCUUAUGCAUAUCGAGAUACUAAUCCUGAGAAUUUAAAAUUUUUUAAAUUAUCAAAUUCUAAGUCUGAAAACGAAAACCAAAAGCUUCAAAUUCUAUGCAAAUCUGGUAAACUAAUGGAUAGAAUAUACUAUUGGUCACCAAAUGCACCUUCGUUUGAAGAAGUAGCAAUGACAUUUUAUUUUGAUUCAGAUAGAUUAAGGAACAGUAAACCUGAGACAAUCGCCUGGUUUUUUGAACAAUGGCAAUAUAGAAACAAUUAA